ACUUGUAUCCGUAAUAAUUUCCCAAACGACAAAAAUUCCGGAAAAUUAAUAGUACUACAUUAACCUAAUAGCAUAUUUUAUUCCUUUCUAAGUACGUAAAGUUUUGUGAACAAGUCUUCCUGUUUUGCUACUUGAGAACUACCAAGAACGUGCACCUCUGAAAAAUUCUGCGAAUGGACACAUUUCCUUCGUUAUUUUUGUAUUCAUUAACUGCACAAAAUAGCAACUAUGUACAAAGCUCUUGUGUUGCUCAGUUGACGGGCAAAAAAGCCCAAGAAAUUGUCAUCGCUACUGGAUCACGAGUUCACGUAUACAGAAUUGAUCCAAAUGAAGGUCGAAUGAAUUUAAUGAUUAGCCAGAACUGUUAUGGUAUCGUAAGAAACAUUGCGCCGUUGCGCUUGACUGGCUUUAAAAAGGACUAUCUCGUACUUACUUCUGACUCUGGGAGAUUUACUAUUUUAGAGUAUGACAUAGGAAAAAAUAAACUAGUUUCCGUUUACCAAGAGGCAUUUGGUAAGUCUGGAAUACGCAGAAUUGUUCCCGGUGAAUAUCUUGCUUUGGAUGCUAAAGGUCGCGCUGCAAUGGUUGCUUCCACAGAAAAAAACAAACUUGUUUACGUGCUGAAUCGGGACUCGGAAGCAAAUUUAACUAUUUCUUCACCUUUAGAAGCACAUAAGGCCGGUACUAUCUGCUUCGAUUUAGUAGGUUUGGAUACUGGUUACGAGAAUCCCAUUUUUGCCGCACUUGAAGUUGAGUACAGUGAUUUGGACCACGAUCCUUUGGGCGAAUUGUAUAAACAUUCAGAAAAGGUUCUUACAUAUUACGAACUUGAUCUUGGUCUAAAUCAUGUCGUUAAACGGUGGUCGAAAGUCGUUGAUCGUUCUGCCUAUAAGCUUAUACGCGUCCCCGGCGGAAAUGAUGGACCUUCAGGCGUUAUUGUUAUCUCUACAGGCUGGAUAUCUUAUAGACACUUGCAGAGACAAUCUCAUUUUGUUCCCAUUCCUACUCGGGAGACUAAAGCCACAACGAACACAGCUUUGCCCAUAAUAGUUUCGGCUGUGAUGCACAAAAUGCGUGACUCAUUCUUUUAUCUAUUACAAAAUAGCGACGGCGACUUAUUGAAGUUGACCAUGGAAUUGGACGACCAUUCCCAAGUUAAAGAACUUCGCAUAAAGUAUUUCGAUACCAUUCCGUUCGCUGCAAUUCUUAACAUUUUAAAAUCGGGUCUUUUGUUCGCCGGAUGCGAAGGGGGAAACCAUCAUCUUUAUCAAUUCGAAAGUCUGGCUAUUGAUGAUGAUGAGCCAGAGUUUUCAUCUGCUAAUUUUUCUGAAGAGCAAUCGAAACAUUCGCCAAAAAAACUUACCUAUAAGCUACACCCUUUGCAAAACAUUUCGUUACUGGAUGAGAUUCCUAGUCUCUUUCCGUUAACAGAUGCGAUAGUAACACGAACAUCCACAGAUGCUAAUUCUCAACUGUACACACUUUGUGGAAGACAUAAGGAGGCAUCUUUACGGUUACUUAAAAGAGGAGUAAGUGCAACCGAAGUCGUUCUUUCUGAGCUUCCUGGUGCCCCGAUAGCAAUCUGGACAGUGAAGCAAAAGUUAAAUGACCCAUAUGAUAAAUACAUGGUACUGUCAUUUACCAACGGCACAUUAGUUCUGUCUAUUGGUGAGACGGUUGAAGAAGUUCUGGACAGCGGAUUAUUGUCCUCCGUUUCAACACUGAAUGUUCGCCAACUUGGACGGAGUUCCGUGGUUCAAAUUCAUUCAAAGGGAAUUCGCUGUAUCAGCGCCAAUAAAGAGGUUACGGAAUGGAAGACGCCUGCGGAUACUGUCAUCACCAAUUCAGCAAUUAAUGAGCAACAGAUCGUCGUCUCACUAAGUAAUGACGAACUAGCAUAUUUUGAAAUGGAUGAUGAAUAUGGUCAAUUGAACGAAUACCAAGAACGGAAAUUACUCACAUCGCCAGUCACAGCUCUCGCUCUUGGGCCGGUCCCUCAAGGUUCAAAGCGAAGCAAUUUUCUAUGUUUGGCGAGUGAAGAUAGCACUGUACGUAUAGUAUCUCUCGAUCCGUACACUACUUUGGAGAACCUCAGCGUCCAAGCCCUCAGUGCCCCAGCGUCUUCUUUGUGUAUGGUGAACAUGGAAGUCACGGGUUACGAAACGCUUUAUUUACACAUCGGUUUGUCCAAUGGUGUAUAUUUGCGCACAGUAGUAGACGUUACUUCCGGUCAACUCAUUGAUACACGCACACGGUUCUUAGGGCCGCGGCCAAUUCGUCUGAGUCCCAUAAUUGUUCGUGGAAAACAAUCUGUUCUCGCCAUCGCCAAUCGCAGCUACCUGUCCUAUUCCAAUGAACAGACGCUUCAAGUCUCUCCUCUUUUAUACUCUCCGUUGGAAUACGCCGAUAGCUUUGCUAGUCAUCAAUGUCCCGAAGGCAUUGUUGGUAUCCAUCAAAACAUCUUAAAAAUUUUUACCGUAGAGGCGACGCAUGAUGAUCUAAAGCAGGAUGUCUUUCCUUUGUCAUGCACGCCAAAACGUGUCAUCAAGCAUCCAGAGCUCGAUAUUCUUUAUAUCCUGCAAAGCGAACGUCAUUGUCCAAACAGUACCAAUGAAUGGAUUACAGUCCUUUCUAUCUUUGACAUGAACGAGAAAAAAAUGAUCGAAGGUCUUACCUUCAAUGAAGCUUCAUUUGACCUAUGCUACGCUUUUUUUCGUUCUCGCAAUGAAGGUUUUUUGGUCUGCAGCUCCGCAAUAAAUUAUGAUAUAAGUAAACAAUCAUGCUCAAACGGAGUUCUGCGAGUAUACAGUCUUAAUGACGGUGGCCUAUCUUUGAAAUGCAUCAGUGAAACGGAAACUGAUUCUUUUGCGCGUGUCCUCAAACCUUUUCAUGGUCGUUUAAUAGCUGGAGUUGGGCCAUUUCUGCGUGUAUACGAUUUGGGUAACAAAAAGCUUCUCCGGAAAAGUGAAGUACGGGCUGUUCCCAAUUUUAUCACUACAAUUCAAACGCAAGGCUAUCGUAUUAUUGUUACUGAUGCUCAGCAUUCAGCAUUCUUUGUUGUUUUUAAACCCGAAGACAAUAGAUACAUUGUGUUUGCCGACGAUUGUGUCGCACGUUGGGCGACUGCUACUGCAAUGGUAGAUUACGAUACCGUUGUGGGUGGAGACAAAUUCUCUAAUUUAUGGUUACUUCGCUGCCCCGAGUCCGUGUCACAAUUGGCUGAUGAGGAGAACUCAGGCUCCAAACUGUUACAUGAAAAGCCUUUCCUUCACUCCUCACCGCAUAAACUUGACUUGAUGGCUCACACUUUUGUUAACGAUAUCCCUACCUCUAUUCAAAAAGUCCAAUUAGUCGAGGGAGCACGGGACGUUAUUAUGUGGACGGGUCUUUUGGGAACCAUUGGUGUGCUUUCUCCAUUCGUUAAUCGCGAAGAUGUUCGCUUUUUCCAGCAAUUAGAAUCACUGCUACGUGCCGAAGACUUAUCAAUUGUGGGUCGUGACCAUCUUGCUUAUCGAAGCUACUACGUUCCCGUAAAAUGCGUUGUUGACGGCGACCUUUGUGAGCAAUACUAUAAUCUUCCACGGGACAAGCAGGAGUCUAUUGCUAACGAACUUGAUCGCACAGUGAUUGAAGUUUGUAAGAAAAUUGAGGACUUACGAGUCCGCAGCUUCUGAGUGAAUCGUUAAAGCCCUAGCGCAAAACAAAAAUGGCUACUAUUUCGCGGUUAUGUGGUCUACUUCUACUUUUCCAUUAGACAAGCCUACCUUUCUUGAAUUCCCUAUAUCAUAUCUAUCACCACCAUUUUUUGAUGAUCUCGUUCUCUAUUGUGACAGACACAUUUACGAAUUCUUCUCCACGCUACCGCUCUUUCCUUCCCUACAGCCCUACCUGUAUUUCUUGUCGACUUCAUUGUUUACGACGCGACACGUUUUUCAUUAAGCACGACAACCUUAUUUUAAUCUAUGACAUCACUUGUUUCCUCCACCACAACAAAGCUGCACAAAAGCAGUCACAGGUUUUGUAACAUCAACAACACUACAUUUCUACUGACUUCACCAAA